AUGACGGACGACGUUGCCGUCGCCGCUACUGUUGCUCCGAUCGUCAACGUACAAACGCCACGACAUUUCCGUGCUCCACCGUUCACGGAAAGCAACGUGAAAUUAUGGUUUCGGCUCAUGGAGGUUGCAUUCAAGAAUGCCAGCAUCACAGAUGACGAGGCCAAAUACUGCCAAUCUGUCGCAGCUUUGACGCCAUGUGCCAUCGCGAAAGUGGAAGAUGUCCUCGUCAACGCACCGAACCAAGGCUUAUACGACGAUCUGAAGGUGAAGCUGAUCGAGCGUUUCACCGAAUCAGAUAGCGCGCGCGUACGCAAGUUGCUCGAAGGCGAGGAGAUGGGAGACCGCAGUCCUUUCGAAUUUUACCGGAGCAUGAAGACGCACGCGACGUCGUCAACGACUGACGAGUUCAUUCUUCAGGUAUGGAAGACUCGUCUACCCUUGCAAGUGCAAGCUGUCAUGGCAGCUUCCAACGAGUGUAACAUGUGCCGCUGA